CAGUGGAAAAUUUUGGCCCUUCCGCCGCGCCGUAGGUUUGUCGCCCUACUGGUGCGCGCCCAGAGGGAGUGUACUGCCGCCCGGGAGAUGUGGAUGCUGCGGUCACUGCGCGUGUUCCUGGUCGCGCGGACCGGGAGCCACCCGGCGGGGUCCGUUCUGCGUCAGUCGCCCCAGCCACGGCACACAUUUCAUGCUGGGCCAUGUCUGUAUGCCUCGGCCUCCAGCAAGGAGCUCCUCAUGAAACUGCGGCGGAAAACAGGCUACUCUUUUGUAAAUUGCAAGAAAGCUCUGGAGACUUGUGGCGAGGACCUCAAACAGGCAGAGACCUGGCUCCACAAGCAGGCCCAGAAGGAGGGCUGGAGCAAAGCUGCCAAGCUCCAAGGGAGGAAGACCAAAGAAGGCCUGAUUGGACUGUUGCAGGAAGGAAACACGACUGUAUUAGUAGAAGUAAACUGUGAGACGGAUUUUGUUUCUAGAAAUUUAAAAUUUCAACAGUUGGUCCAGCAAGUAGCCCUUGGAACCAUGAUGCAUUGUCAGAACUUAAAGGAUCAACUGUCUACAUACAGUAAAGGUUUCUUGAAUUCCUCUGAGCUUUCUAGACUUCCGGCGGGACCUGACAGAGAAGGCUCACUCAAGGAUCACUUGGCUUUAGCAAUUGGAAGACUGGGAGAAAACAUGACUCUUAAACGAGCUGCGUGGGUGAAGGUGCCAUCUGGGUUCUACGUUGGCUCUUAUGUCCACGGAGUAAUGCAGAGUCCCUCCCUUCACAACGUGGUGCUGGGGAAGUAUGGGGCCCUGGUCAUCUGCGAGACAUCUGAACAGAACGCAAACCUUGAAGACCUUGGCCGCCGCCUCGGGCAGCAUGUGGUGGGCAUGGCGCCUCUCUCUGUUGGCUCCCUGGAUGAUGAGCCUGGGGGAGAGGCAGAGACCAAGAUGCUGUCCCAGCCGUACUUGCUGGAUCCCUCCAUUACCUUGGGGCAGUAUGUGCAGCCUCAGGGAGUGUCAGUAGUAGACUUUGUGCGGUUUGAAUGUGGAGAAGGUGAAGAGGCAGCAGAAACUGAGUAGGUUCCAGAGACUUUUGGCCCAGGAGGAGUAUUUGUUUUUAGCUCUGGACAUCAUUACAAAAAGGAUUCUUUCCCAAGCCUCUUCAGACCCAGAAUUUAUUUUUCAUUUGAAUUAUGAGAUUAUAGACUUUAUGGGUAAAAUUAUUAGUUAUAUAAUAAAAAUAAUUUUUUCCUUGUUUACGUAAUACUGGGUUUAGCUUUUCUAUGUCUUACUUGUGACAGCUUUUGAAAAUAAUCUUAUUGAUAGGCCUUACUGACAUGAUUGACAGUGUCUCGGAGAACGGCCAUCAACAAUUCUGCUCCCUUCAACAUAGAUUUAUUAUGGUAUUUCUGAAAUUUCUAACUUGCGUGUUCUGUCUUACCCCAUUUAUGACAUAGAACUCUUUUUGUUCUGCUUUCACUUUGCAACACUGGACCAUGCUUCUGCCUUGGAACCUCCCUAGUUAUAUUACUUCUGCCACAUGGAUUUCUUUGGGAUUGUUUAUUCAAGCCUAGAGUUGUCUGGAAAAUUUGGGUUCUUUUCUUUGUGGAUGUUUGUAGCAUGCUUUGAAGGCUCUCUGCAGUGGUAGACACACUGGUUCUGCCGUCAUUUAAUGAAAUUAAUAACAUAUGCCCCUGUUUAUCUUUUGGAUGAUGUGGUGUGGUUGGGUGGGUUGGUACUGAGGUUUCCUGGCCAGCUAUAAGGCAGAUUUUGACAUUCUUGUGCCAGAAACAGAAAUUAGAGUAGUCCAGUUAUCCAGAAACCUCACUUAACAUUGCCUUUUUACUUCCCCAGUACUGAAACAUUUCUUCCAGUAUAACAUAAAAUUACCAUAAUGAACAAACCCUAAAUACUGAAAAUAACUUCAUUUGUUCAUUAUAGGUAUCUUCAUUUGAAAAGCUAAAAAUACAUUGACACAUAACAGAUCUGGCCAUUUGGAUUUCAACCUUGGAGUGUAUAUAUGAUUUCAAUGAUUUGCAGGUUAAAUAGAUUUUAAAAAUAAU